AUGAGUGGGAUAAUCAGAAUCAUUGAGGAAAGGAAGUCAAGGACUGAAAAGAUCAUGGGGUAUCUUAAAAAGAUGGGCGAAAAAGCAAAGAACAUGCAGAAGAAGACAGGCGCUGCAAUCGUCUAUCCAAUUAAGCAGGCAGGGCUAUUGUUUAGCAUGUGCAGCAAAAGCGCCCCAAGAGAGGUUGACCCAGAAGAGAUUGUGGAGAGUGCCUCACUGAAGGAGGAGGCUGCAAAAGCAAGGUCCAAGAAGAACACACCAGCUGCCCACCCAGGGAUUGGGGCAGCCUGUGCUGGAGACAACCUUCCUGUUUUGUCAGGCUUGAAUGAGAUUUCUGAUGCUGCAGCCGAAGAGGUAGCAGCGAAGAAAGACCGCAAGCUGUCUGAAAAGGCCAUUCUUGCAGCCAAGAAGACAGAAAAGGCUCUUUCUGGUGUGAUAAAGUUUAUAUACGACACCGAAAAGAUCAUUGCGCAGACCAUUUCCAUGCGAAGCUGUGCAUACAGCCCGGUGCUUCUUCUUUUCUACCUUAGAAGCAAAAAUUACCAACUUCCUGGCGAGAUUUUGCUUGCAGAGGCAGCCUUCAAUGUGGUAAACAACAAGGCGGAGGCCGAGCAGGACUUGAACCCUAAGGUGAUUGAGUACUUUAUUGCAGAGGCACUGGAGCCAACAAUCUGCAUCAAUGGCUGGCUUGCAAGCAGCAACUCUCUGCUGACUGCAUACUCUUCUCUUUACAAGACAGCUCUUCAGUCUGUGCUGGCAGAAAACAAGGAGUUCACAAAGAUCGAGAAAACACUUCGAUUCUACCAGGAGGUGCUUACCUGUGUCAGAAGAAUUGUUUCGUAUGCCCUUGACGAUGUGCCUGGAACUCCAGACGCAGUGGUUGCUCACCCUACCGUGUUCACCAACCUUGUGGAGAGGCUUUUGGAGUCUGAAGAGGUUUCUAACUUUUUGCUUCAUAAAAAUCGGGUUGAAGAGCCAGCUGAAGAAACUGAACAAUCAUCCGAUGAGUCAGCCGAGGAAGUCGAGCAGCCAACCGAGCAGCCAGCCGAGGAAGUCGAACAGCCAGCUGAAGAGCCAGUUGAACAGCCAACCGAGCAGCCAGCUGAGGAAGUUGAACAGCCAACUGAACAGCCAGCUGAGGAGCCAGUUGAGGAGGUCGAACAGCCAACUGAACAGCCAGCUGAGGAGCCAGUUGAGGAGGUCGAACAGCCAACUGAGCAGCCAAUUGAGGAGGUCGAGCAGCCAGUUGAGGAGGUCGAACAGCCAACUGAGCAGCCAGCCGAGGAGCCAACUGAGGAAGUUGAACAGCCAACUGAGCAGCUAGCUGAAGAGCAGGCUUUCCAAGCACCCGGUGACAACCAGGAAGAGGAUGAACACUUCUCUGAUGAGGCGGUAGAGCAAUAUCCUGCGCCCGAUCCAGUGGCUAUAAUGAACAACCUGAUGACUAGUGAGCUGUUCCAGAAGCAAAGAGAAAAGAACAUUAAGGAUGGAAACCUGGUUGUAAAAGACUUGUCAAAUAGCUCUCCUGAAAUGAAAAAAGAGCAAGAAUCAUCGAUUGACUACAUAAUGCGCAUGGGAGUGCCAACACCCAUAGCCAGAUGCUUUUACACCGAAUAA